AUGGUAAUUGAUGCCUUAAAUGGACCUGCAUCCCAGAAAUUAUUAAUUUCACCCAAAGAGACCACACAUAAAGGGUAUGCAUGCACAAUCACUGUUGAGAAUGACUUGCUGAGAACAACCAUAUUGGAGGACUCUAGAUCAACCGUCUUCUCGCGCUCUCAUCCAAGAGAUUGGAUAUUGAAGAUGGUGUCUGACGCAAGCAAGAAGAAGGCCGCACAGAAGAAGGCGGCGGCAGCGGCCAAGAGAGGAGGCAAAGCUGUAGCUGCUUCUUCCAAAAUGACUUCCUCGGAGAAGGCUGCCGACAAUCUCGCCAACGGAAUUGGGGAGAUUCAGAUUUCCGAUCGAACCUGCACCGGCGUCCUCUGCUCUCAUCCUCUUUCGAGGGAUAUCAGGGUGAGUACAGUGUUACUUAUCCAUC